AUGCCUCGAUUCGUUCGUCUUCCUAUAGACUGGUCUACACAAAACAAUGUCGAUGUCUCUUCUUUGAAACAAAAUGCCCACGGCAAAUGCGAAGCACCGGAAGGUUGCACCUGCGACUUCUGCAACAGCGAUGAGAAUUAUCACACCGGAUGGAGAAGUCAAGCCGGUAAUACCAACCCUGAUGAAGCUACUCGAGAGUGGUUCAUUCCAUCAUCCCCACUCCCUGGCCCAAUCUUAAACAAGGAAUGGCACACCAAAUCCAACAAAAUCUUGAGUCUUUCCAUAAAUUAUUCCGGGGAUCAACAAACAGAUAUGUCUAUCAUUCUUCGCCAGCUCCAGAGCCCAACAUACACUUCGUGGACUGGCAUUCUCGAACUCAUCAUCUACCCAGGAGUUUCUCGAAAAGGGGCACCUCGGGCUUACAUCAAUCACGUCCAAGAAAUAAAAGAUUGCGUUCAACAAAUAAAUAUCUCUCUCACCCAAGUUCAACUGAUCCGCUGUCAGUUCGUCAUCGAUCACUUCAGCUUUUCGCAGUUGAGAUUAGCAGCUGGAUUCAUCAAUCUCGAUAACGAUAAUUGGACUUUGGCGUAUAUCGACAGAAGUGAUAGCAAUAAAGUUAAAGAGAUUAGUAAGAGGGAUUCGGUUUUCAGGAGGAUCGAAAGUGCUUAUAGGGAGGACUUUUCAAACUAG